GUCUCCCCUGUCUCUUUGUCAUUGCUUCCAGGUGCUUGCUCUGAAUGCUGAGCUUGAGAGGGAGGAUUAAUAGCCAGCUGCGCUGAGAGCUCUGUUGCGAAUGCUUGUUGUAUAAUCACUUAGCAAGCAAAUCCGAACAAAUGCUCAGGAAAGAGCUUUCCACAAGCAAACUAGGAUGAAUGCCCAAUAAACAGGUUGUCUGGAAGAGCCCAAAACCAUUUCAGGAAGCAAGAGAGAGAAAAGAAAGAAACUCUGGGAAUCCUGAGAGGGAAGUGAAACUGACCGGCAGCUACUGGUGCAGAGGUAGUGAGAAAGUGGAUUGGCUGCUGAGAGGCACAGUACUGUCUGUUCUUGCACUGCUGCCAGCUGAUGAAUCUUGAAUCUGAGCUGGAAGGUUUAGGCCGUAAGCCCUCCAAGCGCUUGGAGCUGGUGGAGGUCGAUGGAGUCCCUUUACUCAGUGGCUGCGCAGAAAGAUGGAGUCGUGUAUCAACCUUUAAAGCCCGGCCUGAUGACCUUCUAAUUUGCACAUACCCCAAAGCUGGGACCACCUGGAUGCAGGAAAUUGUAGAUAUGGUCCAGCAUGGAGGAGACCCUGAGAAAUGUGCUCAAGUCCCCAUCUACAAACGGAUGCCCUUCAUAGAGAUGUUUUCUCCCUUAUGUUCACGCUUGGAAGAGGCAGAGGUAAUGCCCUCUCCACGGACACUCAAAUCCCACCUCCCGGUCCAGCUCCUGCCGCCUUCCUUCUGGGAACAGAAUUGUAAGAUCAUUUAUGUGGCCAGGAACGCCAAGGACAAUGCAGUUUCCUACUUCCACUUCCACCGCAUGAACUUUAAGAUGCCAGAACCGGGAACAUGGGACCAGUUUCUGGAGAAGUUUCUUGCAGGGAAACUUGCCUGGGGCUCUUGGUUUGACCAUGUUCGCGGUUGGUGGGAGGCUAAGGACUCUCACCAGAUUCUCUAUCUCUUUUAUGAAGACAUGAAAGAGGACCCAGCCUCAGAGAUUCGGAAAGUAGCCCAAUUUCUGGACCAAGAACUUCCUGAACCAGUUUUGAACCGGAUCAUGGAGCACACAGAUUUCGAGAGCAUGAAAGCAAACCCACUGACUAAUUACAGCACAUUGCCUUCUUGCAACCACUCUGUAUCAGCCUUCAUGAGGAAAGGCACUGUAGGAGACUGGAAGGAGCACUUCACCGUGGCUCAAAGUGAACGGCUAGAUGAUGCCUAUGCCCAGUUAUUGGGGGGCAGCAGCUUGAACUUCUGCACACAUCUCGAUAAGGGAGAAAACCGAAGCGAAGGAUUGCCUUAUAUGAAAACACAAGGUGGAGUCUUGACGACUGAGCUCAGAGCUAUGAGGAGAGAGUAAGAACUGUAAUACCUUGAACACAGAAAGUAAUUCAGGAUAAAUGCAGGACAGAUGCUCAUUGUUGUAUAACUGUCCCACAAAUAAAUCAGAACAAACUCUAUGUAUGCUUUGGACAAGCCAA